GUGUGUGGUGCUAAGCUAACCAACUGGCUGUGUGUGUGUGUGUGUGGUGUGCUCUCCUCACGCGUCGUGCUGGCUGUCUCUCUAAUUGCUACCUGGGUAGCUAUCUGAUCUGAACUGUCUGAUCUUUUUGUCGGCUGUCUGCCUCUAUUCCCUCCUCCACUUUGCUCGUCCUCGUCUCCCUCCCCCCUGGUUCGGACCUGGGCCUAUCUUGUCCAGUCCCGUCCAGUCCACCUGGCAGUUCUCUUGCCAUCCCGUCGUCUCGUCUCUCUCUCGGUUUGGACUUUUCCUCUCCAAACCACCUCACCUCCCCCGUCCCUCACCUCCUUUCCCUCUCCCCCCAGGGUGUGUGCAGCUCACUCCAGCACCGCACACAAUUCCAUCCUGCAGGCUCGGCACCUCCUUACCGAGUUCUCGCUUUUGUCCCUCGCCUCCCCUCUUCCAUCAAUUCGGCCGCCAGCCAACUCUCCCCGAGUCCCCAACACCGGUCCUUAGGCGAGCUCCUGGUCAGUGGUUAGCAAGCAACACUGGAUCAGAUAUCACGGGCAUACCUUCUCCCGCUGUCCAACAGCUAUCCCUUUCGAUCCCUUCACUGCCAGCAGCUCCGACCAUGGCAGCCCUUCCUCCAGCGCCUCUGAAUGUUGACCGCUAUGUGGUCAUCCAUGUGGCCACCACCUGCGACGAACACGGCGUCUACGUAACCAAGGAUUCAGCUGAGGUCAUUGAGAUUGGUUGGAUUCUGGUGGACGCAAAGACACUCGAGGAGCUGCAUCAUGAAAGUGUUCUGGUUAAGCCUAUUAAUACGCCAAUCACCCCUCUCUGCACGAGCCUGACCACUUUAACAUGGGAGCACGUUAGGAACGCCGGUACGUUCAGGGAUGCGAUUAAUCGUUUCGAUACGUUUGCCUCGGAGCAUCUGAACGCCCAGAACCUCGACUUCGUCUUCGUAACCUUGGAUGCUUGGGACCUCAGGGUUCAGCUCCCCCGAGAAGCUCGCGACAAAGCCGUUGUGCUCCCUCCAUACCUCCAGCACUCUCGGACGUUCGAUCUGCGAACCGAAUACCAGAGAUGGCAGCAGCACCAUCCCGAAUGCCUGGCCUUUGGCCCGUCGUCGCUGGCUAACAUCUGUGCGGCUCUCGAGGUCGAGGCGGUGCAGUCGAGUGCCCCUAUUAAGCAUAACUUGCCUUUCCAUCUCCAGGCGCUCGCCCCUGCCUCGCCCCGUAGGGCCAUGGACGAAGCUAUCACCCUUGCCCGUGUCCUCCGCGGUCUGGUGCGGAAGUCCCAGCCCCCUAACGAGCACCCCGAUGUGCUCACCAGGCCGAUGGAUGCUCGCGCAGACGUCAGGGCCUUCCUGUCGGAACGGAGUAAGGUGCUGCACAUGUCAGGAUUGCCUCAUGACACAACCCAGUCUGAGCUUGAGAGCUGGUUCACCCAGUUCGGUGGUCGCCCCAUCGCGUUCUGGACCCUUCGCACGCCCGAGCAGCACAAGCCCACGGGCACUGGUUUCGCAGUCUUCUCAUCCCACGAGGAAGCCGCUGAGAGCCUGUGCAUGAAUGGCCGCGCUCUCAACGAGAAGGCCAUCGAGGUUUCCCCAUCGUCGAGCCGAGUUCUGGAUAGGGCCCAGGAGAUAUUGACCCCGUUCCCGCCAAGCAAGAACCGACCUCGACCCGGAGACUGGACCUGCCCGAGUUGUGGAUUUUCAAACUUCCAGCGUCGCACGGCAUGCUUCCGCUGCUCAUACCCAGCCGUCAGUGCCGGCCCGACGGGUGACAUGGGCUACGGCGGCUACGGCGGAGGUGGCGGCGGUGGGUAUGGGCCGCCAGCCAUGAUGGGCCCGCCUCACCACGGCGGCGGCGGCCAUCACCACGGACACAUGGGCCAUGGCGGCGGUGGCCGGAUGGGAGGCAGCGGCGUCGUCCCUUUCCGUGCCGGAGACUGGAAGUGUGGUAACGAGGUUUGCGGAUACCACAACUUUGCCAAGAACGUAUGCUGCCUCCGCUGCGGUGCCAGCCGCGCGGGUGCUGCUAUUGUUGCGGACUCGGGCUACCCUACCCCGAUGGAUACCCCAUCCAGCUAUAUGAGCCAGGCGUCCAUGGGCGGCAACCCCGGGCCCGGGCCCUUCGGAUCCGGAGGUGGAUUCAACUCUGGCGGUGGUUACGGCCAGCAAUUUGGCGGCCCGCCCAGCACCUACGCUUUGCCAUCUGGCAUCGGUGGCGGCGCAGCUCCCUAUCCCUCUCUCAACACGCACUUUGGUCCCGGUCCCGGUGCGCAUUCCGCCGGGCCCUUUGAUAGUCGCGCUGCCGAGGCUGCCUUCCAGUCGGCACAGAACGGCCCUGCCUCUGCCGGGCCCUCCAACAACUUCUACUCGGCGGGGGAGAGCGACCCUUUCGCCUUCCUGUCGAGCGGGAUCGGCGGUCUCUCGGUCAGCGGUGGUGAUCCCCGCCAGAACGGCGGUGGAGCUCCUAGCAAGUCGCCUGCUUAAAAGUUUGUACACGAUGGCCCCGUGCUGGGCCUCAGCGUCAUCUUUCUAGAUCAACGCGGCUGUCGACUUUCGCUUGUGACUAUAUAUGCAACUACUUUGAGGACAUAGAGUAACCGGAACAGCUCGGCAUCCUUCUCAACAUACAAAACCUUUGGGCGAGGGCGGCUGGCUUUUGGACCACAACACAUUUCACGGAACCGGCGGCAUCAGGGGUUUGUAGGUGGGCACAGGGUGGGGAAAAAAGCAAUGUUGCAACGGAAAGACAAAAGCAGCGGCACGGCGGUGUACAUUCUUGCAUCCUCGGUUCGGUUGGGAGUUUUUCCCCCAGAACGCAUUUACUUCUGCUGGGACGGGGUGGGACCGGAUGUCACAUGUGCCAUACCCCUUACUACAUUCUGCUAGUUGUCAUUUUUUCUUCUCAUUUCUUGUUUAUUACCGCACUGUCUUUAAGUUGUUACGGUCGAAAUCAGUCACGGGAAUGGAAAGGUCGGCGGUUGAUGAUUGGUUAAGGAACUUGGUUGUGGGCGGCGGCGGCGACUGGGGGGACGGCAGGUUUUAGGCUCGGUGUCGGUGUCAGUCACUUGGUUGGUUCCGCAUCAGCGUGGAGUGUAGGGGGAAAUUCUAUUACUUUGCCGGGUACGCCAGAGGAAAUGUCCUCACUCUGCUCCGGAAAUGGAGAGAAGAAAAGACUGUUCUCGUCAUCAUCUACUUACCACUUUCGACUCUUACUCUCUUGGACCUCUGUCUUGAAUUUUCUCCUCUUGUCCUCAGCCCUCGAGUCGUUUCUGUGCCUGCGCAUUAUAGGGACCAUCAUGCGCUCGCCAUCACGGUCUAAUUGUUGGAGGGGAAGGGAGGGAUAUGAUGUGUUUCGGCCGAGUAUGGAGUAACGGAGUCAGCCGGUUGGGUGGAGGGCUUUUCUUGAGAGCAUUGCGGGAUUGGCCUCGGG